AAAGUGAGAGGGAAAUAGAGAGGGAGUGGGAGUAGGGAAGGAUGGUAGUGGCAGAAGAGUGGGAGUAAGUUGUGUGAAGGAGCGAUGCAUCUGGAGCGCACUCUCGCGGCAAACCGGCGAAACUAUACUCGCGGAAAUAAUUAUCGCGAUUUAUGUUAUUUGCAAAUACGAACGGGGAUUAAUUAAUUGCGUUAACAUGCCGAGUAGAAAGGAUUAGGUGGCGAACGGGCGUCGUAGCCGUUGCCAGCUUCCCGUCUACGGUGAAAGGAGUUCCCUGGCUGCCCAGUGCGGGAAUGGACUUGGCAGAAACUAUGAAAAAUAUUGUUGCCAAAGGUAUGCAAACAGAGAUGGGUCCACCGGGUGGAGGUUCAGGGUAUCCUGGUAACCCAAGUAGCGCAGGAUAUGUAACGGAGAAAACAUACAUGUUAAUUCAAGCGUAUUUGCAAAAUAAAAGUUGGAAUCCCAGCAUUGAAUUGUUACAAUGCUUUGCUGAAUUCAAGGAUGGAUCUAUAAUACCAAAUGCUGCGUAUUUACAAAUGAUGGCAUCCAGAAUAGCGGUUGAUUCACAAGGAAGAUUGGUAUUGAGAGAAAAUGGAAAAAUAAUAUUACCUUAUGAACAUUUUGCCAACGCGGUGAUGAUGAAGCACAUGACUGGGCCACAGGGUAUACAUUUGGGACUGGAAGGAACAGUUAGAGCUGUUAUGGAAUCUUAUACGAUUGGACGAGAAUAUUUUGGAAUGGAGAAGGAAUUUAUCAUCGAGAUUGUACAAAAUUGUCCAAAUCCAGCUUGUCGAUACAAGAAUCAGUUUGAGAUGCAGAAGAUGGGUCAUAUGGCACCUACAUAUAUUCAAGAAAAUGAAGCUACAACAUCCCUGUUACGUACUGGCUUUCCGCAUAAUGCAGAUUUUCAACCAGCUUUGGGUGGUGGUAAUCCUAAUACACACUUACCAAUGGGAACUGGAGCGGACAUGUCAGAAAUGAGAGGUGGUGGUAAUCAAAUGAAUAUACAACGUCCACCUAGCCGUCCAUCUUUAAAUAUUCCACAUCGGCCUGUGUCUCAAGAAAAAAAAGUACCAACCAAUAAACAGCAUUAUGAAUCGCUAAUACCUAAUAUUCCUAUAUCGGAUCACAAAUUAACAGAUUUCUUACGAACAAAUUUGGAUAAUUUGGACAAUCUUAGUGGAUUUGGGUUAGGUAAUCUUCAAAGUUUAAGCAAUGCAAAUAAAGAUUUAUUAGCUUUACACAACGGUGCUUGGCCGUUAGAAAAUGAUAAGGGUUCACGUUCGAGUUCUUCUAACUUGGAAGUUGGACAAGAAAAGAUUAUUAGAGCUUAUGCAGAAGUUAUAAAAAACACGGCCAGGAUGAAGACUUGCAUACGUCCUGCAAUGUGCAAGCCAUAUGGGAAACAAUCUGAAGCAUUACAAAAAACUUUGAUUGAUACGAUACAGCUUGUACAAUCUCUGAGGAGUAUUAUACCACCACCUAUUAUACCAAUCGUGAGCUGGAAAAAUGAAGAUAAACAUCGGUUAGAUCAUACCAGUACUCCUUAUCUUCCCGCAUUAAAAGCUGGUGGAUUAGAAGAAUUAUGCGAACAGCGCAAGUUAGACUAGAUGAUCUAGUUUCUAGCUUAAAAAUAGUAUAAGACCAAUGUUUCGUCUUUGCGCUCUAUGGUGUUCUAGUCAGAAAGUGUAUAUGAGAGGGUUGUUUAGUUUAUUCUAAACAAAAACCCAAGUGGGAUUGAUGAAAAAAUGUUGUUGGCAUUUAGGACUUCAAAUACUAAGAGACAAAACGAGUCAUGCGUGGACUGUGAUAUACGUGGGUAGCAAAGAAAAUUUAUAUGUAGUAAAAACUGAUAAAAAAAAACCACUCACGGCGUUAAAUUAGAAAUUCAGGUUA